AUGAAGUUAUUUGAAUCAGAGCAUUCUUUUAAUUAUCCGUGGGAACAAGUUACUGCUGCUAAUUGGCAGAAAUACCCAAAUGAAUUAGCCUCACAUGUUAUUUCUGUUGAUAUUUUACAACGAGAAAUGAUCAAUAACAAUACUACGUUGAGAACAGAAAGGUUGAUUGGUUGUAAACAGCCUAUUCCUAAAUGGUUAUCGUUUGUGGUUGGAGGUGCCACUGUGAGUUAUGUGCGUGAAGUCAGUGAGGUUGACCUUCUCAAUAAAACGCUAGUGAUGAAAUCGAUGAAUUUGACUAUGAAUAAUUUAUUAUUGGUUAACGAGACUGUUAUUUAUAAACCAGAUGAAGAAUUGCCUCAUAACAAAACUGUUUUCCAUCAAAGUGCUGAGAUCACUGCCUUUGCUUCGUUGAGUAGACUUUGUGACAAGUUAGAGGAUUGGUCGGUUGAACGGUUUGGACAGAAUGCUAAAACGGGGAAGUUGGCCUUUGAGAGUGUUUUGGAUAAAUUGACUUUGAAAUGGGAGGAAAAUGGAAUUUUUGAGAAUAACAAGAUCUUGCAAGAGGUCAAGAAUUUACUGAUUUAG